ACCCCGCGAGAAGGAGGGCGAGAAGAGGGUGGCUGGGGGGCCGAGUUCGCGGCCUGAGGGGGCUUGUUCCGUGGCCGCCCCCCCGGGAUCAUGGCGGCGAGCUCCACCAAGUCUUUCCUGGCAGAUGCCGGCUACGGCGAGCAGGAGCUGGACGCCAACUCGGCCCUGAUGGAGCUGGACAAAGGGCUGCGGUCUGGCAAACUGGGCGAGCAGUGUGAGGCCGUCGUCCGCUUCCCCAGGCUCUUCCAGAAGUACCCGUUCCCCAUUCUCAUCAACUCUGCCUUCCUGAAGCUGGCGGAUGUGUUCCGAGUGGGAAACAACUUCCUGCGGCUCUGCGUCCUCAAAGUCACCCAGCAGAGUGAGAAGCACCUGGAGAAGAUUCUCAAUGUGGACGAGUUUGUGAAGAGAAUCUUCUCUGUGAUUCACAGUAACGACCCUGUGGCGCGGGCCAUCACGCUCAGGAUGCUGGGCAGUCUGGCGUCCAUCAUCCCCGAGAGGAAGAAUGCCCACCACAGUAUCCGGCAGAGCCUGGACUCGCAUGACAACGUGGAGGUCGAGGCCGCCGUCUUUGCCGCUGCCAACUUCUCUGCCCAGUCCAAGGAUUUUGCUGUCGGAAUCUGUAAUAAAAUCAGUGAAAUGAUUCAAGGCCUGGCCACGCCCGUGGACCUGAAACUGAAGCUGAUCCCCAUCCUGCAGCACAUGCACCACGACGCGCUCUUGGCGUCCGGGGCCCGGCAGCUCCUGCAGCAACUGGUCACCUCCUACCCCUCCACCAAGAUGGUAAUCGUGUCUCUGCACACCUUCACACUGCUCGCAGCUUCGUCUCUGGUGGACACGCCCAAGCAGAUCCAGCUGUUGCUGCAGUGCCUGGAGACGGACCCCAGGAAGGCCGUGAAGAGGCUUGCUGUCCAGGACCUGAAGCUGCUCGCCCGUAAGACGCCGCACACGUGGAGCAGAGAAAACAUCCAGGCUCUCUGUGAGUGUGCCCUGCAGACGCCUUACGACAGCCUGAAGCUGGGGACACUGUCAGUGCUGGCCACGCUGUCGGGCACCAUCGCUGUGAAGCACUACUUCAGCCUCGCCGCAGGGAACGUGGGAUCUUCCCCCAGAGCCUCGGACUUGGUCAGGCUCGCCCAGGAGUGCUGCUACCACAGCAACCGGGGCGUAGCGGCCCACGGAGCGAGGGUGCUCACCAACAUCGCCGUCUCGUGCCAGGAGAAAGACCUGCUGGCCCUGGAACAAGAUGCCGUGUUUGGUCUGGAAUCCCUCCUGGUGCUUUGUGGUCAAGACGACAGUCCCGGUGCUCAGGCGACUCUGAAGAUCGCCCUGAACUGCAUGGUGAAGCUGGCCACCGGCCGGCCCCACCUCGGCCAGUCCGUGGUGGAGGCGCUGCUGAUGCAGCUGCCUGCGGCCCGGCCGGCCGCCUGCAUCCUCAUGUGCCACUGCCUGGCGGCCAUCGCCAUGAAGCUGCCCGUGCUGGGCGAGGGCCUGCUGGGGGACCUCCUGGAGCUCUACAAGGCCAUCGGGCGCUCGACCAGCGACAAGCAGCAGGAACUGCUGGUGAGCCUGGCCACAGUGGUCUUCGUGGCCAGUCAGAAAGCACUGUCGGCCGAGGUCAAGAAGGUCAUCAAGCAGCAGCUGGAGAGUGUCUCCAACGGCUGGACUGUCUACAGAAUUGCCCGGCAAGCAUCCCGGAUGGGGAGCCACGACAUGGCCCAGGAGCUCUACGGGAGCCUGUUGACUCAGGUGGCCUCGGAGCAUUUCUACUUCUGGCUGCACAGCUUGGAGGAGUUCUCGCGCGCGGAGCACUGCCUGGCAGGGCUGCAGGAGGAGGACUACAGCUCCGCGCUCUCGUGCAUUGCUGAGUCCCUGAGAUUCUACCACAAGGGAAUCGCUUCCUUGACGGCUGCCAGUACACCCCUGAACCCACUAAGCUUCCAGUGUGAGUUUGUGAAGCUCAGAAUUGACCUUCUGCAAGCCUUCUCUCAGCUGAUCUGCACCUGCAACAGCCUGAAGACCAGCCCUCCACCUGCCAUCGCCACCACCAUCGCCAUGACCUUGGGGAACGACCUUCAGAGGUGUGGUCGCAUCUCCAACCAGAUGAGGCAGUCCAUGGAGGAGUUCCGGAGCCUCGCUGCUCGCUACGGGGACCUCUACCAGGCAUCUUUCGAUGCUGACGCUGCCAGUCUCAGGAACCUGGAGCUCCAGCAGCAGAGCUGUCUACUCAUCUCGCACACCAUCGAGGCCCUGAUUCUGGACCCAGAGGCGGCUAGCUUCCAGGAGUACGGGGCUAUGGGGACCGCGCCUGCCGACAGCGAGUACGAGAGGAGAGUGAUGUCCGUGUACAGCCGCGUCCUGGAGGAGGUGGAGGCGCUCACUCGCAAGUACACCCCUGUGUCCUACAUGCACACGGCCUGCCUCUGUGAUGGCAUCAUUGCUUUGCUGAAAGUUCCCCUUUCGUUCCAGAGAUACUUUUUCCAGAAACUUCAGUCCACCAGCAUCAAGCUUGCCCUGUCGCCGUCACCCCGGAACCCCGCCGAGCCCAUCGCUGUGCAGAGUAACCAGCAGCUGGCCCUGAAGGUGGAGGGGGUGGUCCAGCAUGGCGCCAAGCCCGGGCUCUUCCGGAAGAUUCAGUCCGUCUGCCUCAAUGUCUCCUCCACGCUGCAGAGCAAGUCGGGACAGGAUUACAAGGUCCCCCUCGACCACGUGACCAACGAGAUGGAGCAGCAGGUGGAGCCCCACAACGACUACUUCAGCACCCAGUUUCUGCUCAACUUCUCCAUCCUCGGCACCCACCACAUCACCGUGGAGUCGUCGGUGAAGGAUGCCGACGGCAUCGUGUGGAAGACGGGCCCCCGGACCACCAUCUUCGUCAAGGCCCUGGAGGACCCCUACUCACAGCAGCUGCGCCUGCAGCAGCAGAACCAGCCCCCGCAGCAGCCCCAGCGCGCUGCCUACACGCGCUUCUGACAGGGCAGGAGCCGCCGUCA